GUUUCCUUUCCCCCCCGCUCCUCCCUGUUGAAAGAAGACAAUGGAGAAGGCAGUCAAAAUUCUGGAGGGCCAUGUCCAAUGGGAAUAACAAAGAAACCAUAUAAAUUCAUGGAAUGUGAAAAGAGAGAGGAGAAACAAUUUGAAAGUAUGGAGUGUGGGAAGAGCUUCACUGACAGUGGAACACUUGGAAAACAUCAACGGACUCACACAGGAGAGAAACCAUUUAAAUGCAUGGAGUGUGGAAAAAGCUUUGGUUGGAGUUCAAACCUUCGUAUACAUAAACACACUCACACGGGGGAGAAACCAUAUAAAUGUAAGGAUUGUGGAAAGAGCUUCAGUCAGAUUGGACACCUUAGAAACCAUCAACGAACCCACACAGGGGAAAAACCAUAUAAAUGUAUGGAGUGUGGAAAGAGCUUCACCGAUAGUGGAACAUUUAGAAAACAUCAACGGACUCACACAGGAGAGAAACCAUUUAAAUGCAUGGAAUGUGUAAAGAGCUUCAGUCAGAGUAGAAACCUUAGAAUCCAUCAACGGAUUCACACAGGGGAGAAACCAUUUAAAUGUUUGGAGUGUGGAAAGAGUUUCAGUACAAAUAGAGGACUGAAUAUUCAUCAUAAAACUCACACUGGGGAAAAACCAUUUGAAUGUAUGCUGUGUGAUAAGAGCUUCACUGAGAGUAGAACACUUAGAAUCCAUCAUCGAACUCACACAGGGGAAAAACCAUAUAAAUGUAUGGAUUGUGGAAAGAGAUUCAGUCACAGUGAAACACUGAGAAAACAUCAAUGGACUCACACAGGGGAAAAACCAUUUGAAUGUAUGGAUUGUGGAAAGAGCUUCACUUACAGUGAAACACUGAGAAAACAUCAGUGGACUCACGCAGGGGAGAAACCAUUUAAAUGCAUGGAAUGUGGAAAGAGCUUUAUUGAUGGUACAGCACUUAGUAUCCAUCAUCAAACUCACACAGGGGAGAAACCAUUUGAAUGUAUGGAGUGUGGAAAGAGAUUCACUUGUAAUGGAACACUUAGAAUCCAUCAACGGACUCACACAGGGGAGAAACCAUUUGAAUGUAUGGAGUGUGGAAAGAGCUUCACUUCUAAUGGAGCAGUAAGAAGACACCAAUGGACUCACUCAGGGGAAAAACCAUUAAAAUGCAUGGAAUGUGGAAAGAGUUUUAUUGAGAGGAGAGACCUGAGAACCCAUUAUCAAACUCACACUGGGGAGAAACCAUUUAAAUGCACCGAGUGCGGAAAGAGCUUCAAUCGCAGUGGAACACUUACAAAACAUAAAUGGACUCACACAGGGGAGAAGCCAUUUAAAUGUAAGGAGUGUGGAAAGGGCUUCACCAAUGUUGGAAAUGUUAGAAGACAUCAACGGACUCACACAGGGGAGAAACCAUUUAAAUGCAUGGAAUGUGGAAAGAGCUUUAUUGAUGGUACAGCACUUAGUAUCCAUCAUCAAACUCACACAGGGGAGAAACCAUUUAAAUGUAAGGAGUGUGGAAAGGGCUUCACCAAUGUUGGAAAUGUUAGAAGACAUCAACGGACUCACACGGGAGAAACCAUUUAAAUGUAUGGAGAGUUGAAAGAGUUUCUUUCAGAGUGGAACCCUAAUUUCACACACAGGAAACUUAGACGACAUCAACAGACUAUUUGUUUGUCGGGGACAAGCAAAUAAUUGUAUGGAGUGUGGAAAGAGCUUCAAUAGAAGUGGAAACCUUAGCAAACAUCAGCGAACUCAAAAAGGGAAAACCACUUACGUAUAUGGAGCGUACAUAGAGCUUCAGUCCUGAUGUUCUUAGAAACCAUCAAUGGACUCGCAAGGAGGAAAAGCUUUAAGAGUUGAAACCCUACAAUCCACAAACAGAAAAAUCUAAAAUGGUUUGAAUGGAAGGAGUGUGGUGCUGGGAUGGAUGCUGGGAUGUUUUUGCCUCUACGCAUGGGUCUGGGAAUGUUCUGAUCAGUUCACAUUGAGUUCAGUACCCUGACCUGUUCUUAACGCAUUGUUGACCACAUCUACGGAACGCGAUUGUUAUGUUCUUUCAUGUCAUGCAAAAUCA